UAGAAGCCGCUGCCUCCCGGGAGCCGGCCGUGCGCUCCCGCGGAGCCUCCUGCCCCGUGUCCGCGCGCGUCAUCUACAGCUCAGACAGUCUCCCGUUGCUCCUGUCUUGCUGCCUGUCGGUAACUAGAUAACCAGAAGAUUUACAAACAUGUCCGAGUUUUGGCUUAUUUCGGCCCCUGGUGAUAAGGAAAAUUUACAAGCUCUGGAGAGGAUGAACAACGUAACUUCAAAGUCUAACCUGUCCCACAACACCAAGUUUGCCAUCCCAGACUUCAAGGUGGGGACUUUGGACUCCCUUGUUGGUCUCUCCGAUGAGUUGGGGAAACUUGAUACCUUUGCUGAAAGCCUCAUAAAGAGAAUGGCGCAGAGUGUGGUGGAGGUCAUGGAAGACUCCAAGGGAAAAGUACACGAGAACCUCCUGGCUAAUGGAGGUCUGAAGGAAAAGAUGAAAUGUUUAAAGAUUGACCUGACAUCCUUUGUGACACACUUUGAGUGGGACAUGGCCAAAUAUCCUGCCAAGCAGCCACUGGUGAGUGUGGUGGACACACUGGCCAAGCAACUGGCACAAAUCGAGACAGACCUGAAGUCCCGAACAGCUGCCUACAGCGUUCUGAAGGCCAACCUGGAGAACUUGGAGAAGAAAUCCACGGGGAACCUCUUCACUCGGACACUGAGUGAUAUUGUCAGCAAGGAAGACUUCGUACUCGAUUCUGAAUAUCUCAUAACCCUGCUGGUCAUCGUCCCCAAGUCAAGCUAUGUACAGUGGCAGAAGACAUAUGAGUCCCUAUCGGACAUGGUGGUCCCUCGGUCAACCAAAUUGAUCGCGGAGGACAAUGAAGGUGGCCUCUUCACAGUGACUCUUUUCCGAAAAGUGAUUGAAGAUUUCAAAGUCAAAGCCAAAGAAAACAAGUUCAUUGUCCGGGAAUUUUACUAUGAUGAAAAAGAAAUUAAAAGAGAAAGGGAGGAGAUGACCAGGUUGCUGUCUGAUAAGAAACAACAGUAUCAAACUUCCUGUGUUGCUCUUAAAAAGGGAUCAGCCACCUACCGUGACCACAAGGUUAAGGUAACCCCGCUAGGUAACCCUGCUAGGCCUACUGCGGGGCAGAUCGACAGAGACAGAGAGAGUGAGGGCGAGGGUGAGGGACCUCUGCUGCGCUGGCUCAAGGUGAACUUCAGCGAGGCCUUUAUUGCCUGGAUCCACAUAAAGGCCCUGAGAGUGUUUGUGGAGUCUGUGCUCAGGUAUGGACUUCCAGUGAACUUCCAGGCUGUGCUCCUGCAGCCCCAUAAAAAGUCAGCCACCAAACGCCUGCGAGAGGUGCUCAAUUCUGUCUUCCGGCACCUGGAUGAAGUUGCUGCAGCAAGCAUACUGGACGCAUCCGUGGAGAUUCCUGGACUGCAGCUCAGCAACCAGGACUAUUUCCCCUACGUGUACUUCCAUAUCGACCUCAGCCUCCUUGACUAGGGGGCCAGCCUGUUUCACUGCAGCCUCAGACCUUGCCAGACACCCGAAUCCUGCAGGAUUCUGACUCAGAAGAUACUCACAGACAUUAGUUAGAGUGUAUUUAUUUUUUUAAGUUACAAUAAAGUGCUCAGUCCUGA